AUGAGUGAACACGAGAGAGAGCCACUGCUUUCGCGCAGCGAAGCAAUUCCUGAUACCAUUCACGACUCUCGGAAUGCCGCUUAUCGAACGCUUCCUCUUGCGUUACUCGCCUCUCUCGGCAUGGCAGCCACCACUGCCACUGCCAUUUACGCCUACGCUGAUCUCCUUUGCGAGGAUCCAACCGCCUGUAAAGAUGGCGAAGAAGGCGCCUAUGCAGCCGUGGUCGCUAUCGCCAAUGGAAUCGCCCAUGCGGUGGCCAUUAUGAUCCUCGGGCCGGUGGAGCAACUCAUCAAGAAACAUAUACGAGCCGGUCUGCUAAUCUGGAUUGUGUGCCGUGCAACCAGUGUAUUGUGCCUUGUCAUCGGAGUAUCCAUUCGUAGUGUCACCAUCGCAGUGUCAGGGCGCAUUUUCGAGGGUCUCGCGUCAGACAACCUGCUUCAUUUCAACCUCAACACUAUCUACGUUUCUCUAGCAUCACCAUCAUCUGGUCAAGAAACCUCGCAGCUCAUCGCCGCUUCCCUUGGACUGUAUAUGUUGGGGACAGCUGUCGGUCCCCUUGCGGUGAGCGUCUUUCAGAGCUACACGGCGAGCUUCACUGCAGCCUUGGUCAUCUUCAGUGUAGCCCUGGUAUAUCUGGUCAGCUUUGUCCGUGUACCAGCUAUACAAGCCGUGCCCCAGAUGCAAACAUAUUGCAAGAUCCUUUCAAGCCUCAGUGUCCUGCUCUCUCCACUCCGACUAUUCCGCGACCAUUCCCGCGUCAUCCCCUAUGGGCUCUCCUUGCUCCUCUACACCACCGUUCAGGCCCAUCUCUUCCCCGCAAUUAUGGUCUUUGCCUCGAUCCGGCUGCAUUUCGGCACUUUUCAAAACGGCCUCCUCGUAUCCACUGCCGCCGCAUGCGCUGCCAUGCACCUUUUACUCAAAGUGCUCAUCCUGCCCAGCCUGCAACGGCUGAGGCCAAACUCGGCCCGAUUCACAGACCGCACUGCAGUACUCGGAGCACUAGUCAUACAGAUGCUUGCCCUUGCGGCCAUCGCCCAAAUACAGAGUGCUGGCCAACUGUACCUGGCUGUGUCAGUUGCGGCAGCCGGGUUAUCCCUUCCAGCUUUCUUCAAAAGUCAUUUCGUUUCGUCCAUGCCGGAUGCGCCGCGGGCGAUCACAGCAUUGACCUUUAUGGAGAACUUGGGAGGCUUGGUGUCGCCGCUUUUGCUUGGGAGCUGGCAGUCCGUUGCUCCAGGGCCUUCUGUAUUUGCUUUUGCGGUUGCAUUACUGGGACCGUGGGUCAAGUAUCGCGCGCUGAACAGGGCGUUCAAGAAAGAGAUUGAAGAUUACUACUUCGAGCACUGGAUCAAUGGUUCAGAAAUCUGGGUAAAACGGGAGGAACCGGUCCCGCCGGAUCCCCCUGACUUAUAUAGUCCGUAUCUGCGUGAGUAUUAUAUCUUCGCUGGCUUUCGUGAUUCUGAACAGCGCAUCGCUGUUUUCGAGGGUCAAAGAUUGAAAUGGACAGAUCCACGGGAACGUCAGCACUUAAUUCAAAUUCAGAAACUGUUGAAUCAAUUUGACGAGCAAGGAUACCAUCCUUACAUCACCUUUGAAAUUGAAAAAGGAGUGACCGAUUUACUUCCCAUCGACCUUCGUUUUGGGAAUACCAUCACAAGUACUUAUUUUACCUUUGACUGGCGAACUUAUCUCACCACCCUGCUUGACGAGCUGCGCUAUCUCGAUAGGUAUAAAGAGACCACCGGGUGUAAACCCCAACUCCGACUGGCCUUAGAAUUGAGGCGGAAGAUCGAGGACUUUGAAAUGUCGCAUAAGGAAGCAAUGCUACAUCUGGUGCAAGCAGCGGGAACCGAGCUUGUUGGCCGUGAUGGCCGGCUGCUCGCAAUCCGCAGGCGUCGACGGUACCGAUUAGGAUUCAAAACUGGCAAAUUGCGGCGUGGACCUCGACGUCACUCCUUUGACCUAAUAGAGCCUUCUGAAUAUCCUGGCCCCCUAAUGAAUGUUCUUGAACGUCGCUUUACACAGCUCGAUGAGGAGCACGUGGCAGAGACGCUACUGAACUUUGCAAUACUAUCGGAUCAGGAGUGCGAUGUACAGAUAGAGUGGUAG